AGGCCCCUCCCCGGUCGCCCCGCCUCCCGCUCCCGUUACACCCGGGGGAAGGUGCUCCCGAGACCGCUCCCAUCCUCACCCCGCCUCCCGCUUCCCGGCUCCAACCUCCGCCGGCGGAGCCCACUAUGCCAGACAGUUUCGACACUUUGCAAAGACAAAGAGCCCUAGACCGGAGGGAGGAGGAAGAGGAGGAAGAAGAGGAGAGAGAGAAGGAAGAGGCGAUGUGAGCUAGGAAGGGGGCGAGGGUGAGGAACACCCCUUCUGGAUUCUCCUCCGACUCCCCUCACGCGGAAACUCCAGCGUGUCUCCAGCCGCGCUGAUACCAUCUUCAGACCCCAACUUCCUGAACCGGAAAUGCCAAGGAGAGGGAAUUAGUGCCGCCAAGAGCUGUAGCGAGCAAACACUUUAAGCUUUUUGGCCAGGACAAUCCCAGCUGUGGACCAGAGAUGGACGUCACUCAGCCUAUUGAGAUGACAGACAGCCAACCCUCUGCCUUCAUCAAGCUGGCCGCUUAACCGCCACAUCUCUGGCGGCAGCACGGGAGAGACAAAGCUCUAAUUAAGGAUCAUCGCAAACCACAUUUUGCAGAGCGGGGUGGCAAAGACCCUUCUUUCAAAGGCCUCACCCUCGAGGGACCCUGGAUUGUCACAAAGAUUAAUUACCACUCGACCCCUUUGGAUGGGAAAGGAAAUCACUGAUUAAAGCUUCCUCAAGAGACAUUAUCAGCUCUUUAAGGAUUGCAGAAGCAGUAGGCUACUUUAUUUUCUGAAAAGACAGAUAUCCGCUGGCAGAGCCAACACACCACGCAUGGCCUUUGUGUACCAUGGCCGGUGAUGUCGGAGACACAGGGGUGGCCAUGCCCUGGCAGGAGUGAGGUUGGCCCCAGCAGCCCCUGAGUCCUCCCUGGGAAUUCCCUCCGUCCCUGCUGAUCGAGCCUCCAUCUCCAGGAUUCUUCUUCUAUCUUCCUCCUCAGUCAGGAGCCCAUCACGGGAAGGCCCCACCAGGUAGCAAAGAUGGUGACCACCAGGAAGAGGACCCUCAAAGUGCUCACCUUCCUCGUCCUCUUCAUCUUCCUCACCUCCUUCUUCUUCAACUACUCCCACACCAUGGUGGCCACCACCUGGUUCCCCAAGCAGAUGGUCAUGGAGCUCUCGGAGAACCUGAGGAAGCUCAUCAAGUACAGGCCCUGCACCUGCGCCCACUGCAUCGGCCAGCGCAGGGUCUCCGCCUGGUUCGACGAGAGGUUCAACCAGACCAUGCAGCCGCUGCUGACGGUGCGGAACGCGCUCCUGGAGGAGGAAACCUACGCAUGGUGGCUGAGGCUCCAGCGGGAGAAGAAGCCCAAUAACUUGAAUGACACCAUCAAAGAGCUGUUCAGAAUCGUGCCUGGGAAUGUGGACCCUGUGCUGGAGAAGCGGUCUGUGGGCUGCCGGCGCUGUGCUGUCGUGGGCAACUCGGGCAACCUGAAGGAGUCCUCAUACGGGUCGGAGAUAGACAGUCACGACUUUGUGCUCAGGAUGAACAGGGCGCCCACGGCGGGGUUUGAGGCCGAUGUCGGGAGCAAGACCACCCACCACCUGGUGUACCCCGAGAGCUUCCGGGAGCUGGGGGAGAACGUCAGCAUGGUGCUGGUCCCCUUCAAGACCUUGGACUUGGAGUGGGUGGUGAGCGCCACCACCACGGGCACCAUCUCCCACACCUAUGUCCCCGUCCCCACGAAGAUCAAGGUGAAACAGGAUAAGAUCCUGAUCUACCACCCGGCCUUCAUCAAGUACGUCUUCGACAACUGGCUGCAGGGCCACGGGCGGUACCCGUCCACCGGCAUCCUCUCCGUCAUCUUCUCCAUGCACGUCUGUGACGAGGUAGACCUGUAUGGCUUCGGGGCAGACAGCAAAGGGAACUGGCACCACUACUGGGAGAACAACCCGUCAGCAGGGGCUUUUCGCAAGACAGGGGUGCAUGAUGCAGACUUUGAGUCCAACGUGACGGCCACCUUGGCAUCCAUCAACAAAAUCCGGAUCUUCAAGGGGAGAUGACGCCGGGAAGGGUUUGGGAUGGACGCGCCAUCACGCCUCUGGAUUCCAGCUCCAGCAUCUCGCCGGAGCCGUCCCGUCCAGGAGCUCCGAGGGCCGGCCCCAGCGGUGUGCCCAGGUGCCUCCUGCAGCCUCUUGCUCCCCAGCCUUCGGCAGCCUCCACUCAGCAAGGUCGCCGAGCUCCACCACGACUGCAGAGCCCGUUUCAGAACCCGUCUCGGGUGGGGAGAGUUUCCUCCCGCUGCUGUCCCAGGGCUGGGGAGACGCUGGGAAAGCUUCAGUCUCCAAACACUAAAAUCAUUUUGGCUUCUAGGGCGGGGUUGGGGGGGCCGAAUCUGGAGACGCCCGUAUUCUAAUUGACAAGAGGCUUCCCAGGAAAGAUGGGGGGAGAGACUUGCUGCUGCCCAGGGUUCCAGAGCUGACUCUCCAGCUCCGAUUGUCGCUGGGAUGUUUCUGAGUGAUGAUUACCUCCAGGACAGAGCCACGUCGGGCCACGCAGGUGCUGGGGGCACAGUGUGGCCCUUUCUUUGCACGAAGCCUGGCCUCUCACUCGGUGUGAUAACCCUGUCAUCCCUUCCUUCCCAGAGUUCAUUUAUCAUGGCCAGGAGAGACUUCCCACCCCCAAGAUCAUCAUGGAAACUUGGCAGCAUGUUUCUCCCUCCUGCAGAUGCCUCUUCCCAAGCAGAUGUCCCCCUGAGCAAUCAAUCUCCGUGGUUAUGAUCGUGGCCAAGAGCAGCUCUGCCUACUUCCAUGUGCCUUUGUGUCUGGGGAAGAAAUGCACGCAUUGGCUGAAAUGAGGCAAAAGCUCCUGCUCGGGAAAGGGGGCCCCCACCAACGGCCCACCCCUGCUCCAGAGCUGGGAACGUCUUUUCUAGAUUCCUGAGACGGCGCCCAAUUGGGAAUAAAGCUCAGAUGACACUCAGAGCCACCCAGGGGCACAUCAGCCGGGGAAUACUCUCUUAUUUUCUUAGACUGUUGGAUUUGGUGUCUGGAACCUCCAAGGCCACACAGGGGGCUUCCGACGGCAUUUUUCCCAGGGGCCUGAGCUCUGGGCCACGUCCCUGCUGGCCACCUCUGGGGUGUCCGGGGUUGGUUGGGGGCCUCCAACAAUGGUGGCUGCACUUACCUCAUCUUCUCACUCUCCAGCUACCCUCUUUCUCCUCAGCCUUCCUGAUUAUUUAUUGAUUUAUUUUCUUUUUAAUUCAACUGACAUUGUGUGUACCCUGGCUCUGUUGCUGGCCCUGGGGUUUUAAUUAAGCUUGCUAUUGCCGAACCCAGCAGCAGGGGAAGGGGUGCUGAAAGGGAGGCUUGUAGGAAUUCUUGGACUUGGGAUGUUGGGAGUAUCCAGGGCUCGGGGCCGGCGGAUGGGCAGAUCCUGUGGUGUCGGUCCUUGGUGACUUGUGGAGUGGCUGCCCUGCCCUCCCUUUCCAGCCCAGCUUCCUUCCUCCUCCUUGUGGAUUUGGCAUCGUUCUCAGACUGGGAGUGUCCCAAACUCAGUGAAACCUCAUUGCAGCUGGGUGGGGAGUGGGGCAGGCAGAGGAGGACAGUGAUUGUAGGCUGCAGCUCUGAGGCUUCAUCAGAAAAACCACUUUUCCUAUUGAAAACAUUUCCUAAAAGGCCACUGCUGCUUUGGGGAGGUGUGACCUUUUAGAAUGCAUUCUCAGAAAUCAAGUGACCCACUCCUCCCGGCUCAGAAUCCCCCUCUGCACUCUGGGUGGGAGGAAUUAUGCUGGCUCAGGGGCCUCAGUCAGAGGUCACGGAUGGCUUCAUGCCAUUCACAAGAGUCCCCCAAAAUUGCAUGCCCAAUUUUUUUUUUUCUUUCCCUGAAUUCUGUGCAUAUGAGCAUGUUUCUGGGGAACAUUUCCAUAGGUUUCAUUACUUUCUUACAUAUUCAGAAUCCAGGAAGUGCUAAACAAACAAACAAACAAACCUGUUUCAGCUUUAAAAGCCUCCCAAAUGGAAGACUUCCUUGACUGAUACCGGCUGGUGUGUUGCUGCGAGUUGUCACUCUGAGGUCAUACCCCUCCGAGGCUCACAGCCCUGCUUGACGUGGAAGACUCAGCAAAUGUCCGUGGGUGGCUGAUUAGUCCCAGGGACAAACUGAGUCACAUGGAUGCUGAUACAGAGCUCCGUGGUGACUCUGGAACUCUUCCCCUUCUCUGCAAGCUGAGUCUGUUUGGGGAUGAUGACAGGUUCAGUAGAGCAGUCUGCUUUGGGUUUUACUGAUGAAGAACAGGUCCCCCCAAGGGACGAAGUGUCUGUGCCUGAGCUGGCUGCUGCAUGGGUGGCUGUCUGGGCCGGGUCUGCUCUUCUUCCUCCCACUAGGAUGUUCAAGCUGGGGGAUACCUUCUAGUCGACCACGUUAGCUCUCAUUUUACACUGAGAAAAGCAUGGCCCAGAGUAGGGAAGUGACUUGCAAUAGUAAUCUGAUUAUACCAGCACAAGUCAGAGUUUGAGCAAAAAUAGGGUGUUAUUGGCUCCACGUUUAAAUUGUCCAGAGGUGGGCUUUCCCAGCGAGACUCCAGCCAGCAUCUUGAAAAAGUGUAACCAUCAUGUAGGGGUCUGCUCUGCUCUCUCAGCGCCGAGCUCCACCCGCAGGCCACCCUGGUGGGCAAGCUCUUGUCUCUGCCUUCUCAUGCCGUAACCCUCCAGCAGAGGAGAUGGCAUUUCUCUUUCCCAUAGCCUAGCGGACUCUCUUGUGUCUUGCUGGCUUAGCAGUGGGUACUUACCCGAAUAAAAGCCAGUCGUUGUGGCUAGAAUUAAAUGAACCAAUUGAUGCAAGCCAUUUGGAACCCAGGCCUGGGGUGAAGGUGGCUGAGAACCAGACAAGAGUAUUUCCCAAAGGUCACUGGUUGUGCUGUCAGCAGGAAAACAAGAAGGACCCAUGCUGGGCAGGCAAUGGCAGGGUGCUCCCUCUGGCCCCUGAAUCCCAGCCCAGGGCUCUGUCCACUCUGCAGACAGAGAUCCCCUUGGAGACCAGUCCUGGGCUGUAGGCAGGGAGCAGAGGAGUCCCCGCCUGUAGCACACAGCGCUGAGCCUGAAGCUGCAAAAAAGGCAGGGGCUGAUGAGCCUGGCCCAUGAGAUCUCAGCAACAUCCCAGCCUCCGCGGUUCCCCCAGCAGCAAGCCAGGAGGUGGAUACUCUAGAGCUGGAACCACAUGCCCUUCCCCUGCCCUCUCCCAACUGUUACAGGAGAAGGGAGGGAAGGUUUUUAACCUCUGGCUUCACAUCAGAAUCCGGGAGGAAAACUGAGUUCGUAAAACAAAAAAUAGGGAAACCAGACAAGGUGGGGAAGGCAGUGGUUCUUUUAUGGAAUCGCAUUCUCUGCUGUGGCCAGAAGGGGGCGCUAGAGGCCAAGCCUGACCGUGAAUCGCAGCAGAGGCAGCAUCCACCGCGCCUCUCCGCGGGCCCUUCCGUGCCAGAAUCACUCAGAUCUCAGCUGCCGCCUCCACCUCGUCUGGUUUCCUAAUGUUCUACGUUUUAUUUUCUUGUACCUGGCUUUUCCCACUAAUCCCAGCCCACAUGGUUUGCUGCAUGAGAGCUGGGUUAUUUGUUUAAGUGUCCUCUUCAAGCUAGCCUGACAACAAGCAAGGUGGAAACCCAGAAACCCACUCUCCCUCGCCUGGUUAUGAUCAAAAAUACUUCCCGCAGGGAAGCCCAAGCCCAGGGUGGCCAGUGUCCAGCUAGAGACAUCUGGACGCCUGCCAUGUGCCAUCGGGAGCCGGCUACUGUCCUCGCCCCUCUGAAGAGCUCGGGGACGUCACUGUGUUCAUGGUGGACGUCUGGGUUGCCGCAAACCUGGCCACGUGCCACCAGCCUCAUCCUGUCCUGUGGGCUGGGCCAGGCAGUUCUGAGAUAGAGUCAACUGUCCUCUUGUUUGCCUGAAAGCACCAGCUCUUGCGCCCCUGGGUGCCACCUGACACCGCAAAGAGAAGGAGAGGGAGGAGGAAAACCAGAGUCAGGACAAGCAGCACCUCACGGCGUGUCGGGGUCAGGGCAUUAGCAGCUCUUACUUUCUCACCAAAACGGCACUGAAUUCCCACAGGCAGCCAGCCUGCUCCGCACCUCCCGUUCCGCCUGCCAGAGCCCACCGGCUCAUCCGCGCUGGUGUGGAACCCGGCACCGGCACGCAGCUUCUGUCCUAAAACUGCCAUCCGGCAGUUGCCGGUCCAGAGCUGGGACGUCAGCUUUAAUCCCCGUCUGAGUCAGGGACCCCUCCCCGUCGAGUGGUGGCGGGUUCAUUCCCUUCCUCCUGUACAAUCGCUUUAGCACUUCCCCGAAUUCCCUUCAAAGCCAAAGUUUCUUGAGCACUUUCUCCUCUUUGCAGACUUGUGUGUUUGGUUGUUGGUGUUUUAAAAUUUGCUUUCUGUUCCCACUCGCCUCUCUCCGUUCCGCAGCCGAGCGUUGAUCUGGGUGCAUUUGGAUGACCGUAGCAGGAGUCUACUUUCCUCAGCCCCUGGUCUGUUUUAUUUAUUGUUGAAUAUUUCCAAUGACCUGAAUCAAAGUGAAUUAAAAAAGAGCUAUUUUAUCGUU